AUGCAUUUUAAAAUAAUUGUUCUAAUACUAAUAAUCCCACCUAUUCUGGAGGCCAAGAAGAAAUCCCGCUCCGUAUCCUUCCUGGAAACCCGCAGCGAUAUAAAUGCAAAUUUCAUUAAAAAUCUCCAAAUCAAUAUCAGCCGACAACGUGACUCAAUGAGUAUUGGUUUGGAAAUUGUUCAAGACCUCACGGAUGUUUGGGCCACUGUAGGGGUGGGUCUAUGGCAAAAGACGGGCAAUAAUUUUCGUGCGAUGUUUUCCUAUGACAUUGAUUUGUGUGAGACCCUUUUGCGGCUGAAAUCACCCAAGAUACAAUUGCUAAAUAAGUGGAUUGUGAAUUUCUUGAAAUAUGGCAAUCUAUCGAGUCAGUGUCCGUUUUUCAGGAGUUCUUAUUAUUUUAGCAAUUUGAAAGUGGACAAAGACAGCAUACCGGAUUAUGUGCCAAAUGGGAAAUUUCAAACCUAUCUGUCGUUGUAUUUGAAGAAGCAGGAUGGCUCUAAGGAGGUCAUCAAUUGCUCUUUUAUGACAUUUGAAUUGAAUCGAAAUUAA